AACAUUUAUCUGCAUCCGAUUCAUAAAUGCGGAAAUUGUACCAAUAAUAAUUAGUAAACACGACGCAUAUACAGCUUAGUCACCUCUCAUUUUCUAAAGAAAAAUAUUUUUCGAAUUGUUUUAAGUUAUUGAAAGAUUUAGGAGGAGUUAUAGACAUUUGUUAUCAUCAAAGAUAGAUAUUUGAUCUAUCGGUGACCCCAGUGUACUGGGCAAGGUUAUGUCCCUUGUAUGAUAAACAUGGCACUAGCAGGAUUUGAGAAAAUUUCAUAAAUCCAGCUGAGUUUUAAAUUGCAAAGUCGCAGGUUUACCCUUCUAAUUUGGCGAUAUGUUUCCGUCAUUUUCACCUGGAGAAAAUCAGUUACAACAGGAAAAUGUAUCAAAAUGGAAGGGGAUAUUUACAUCGGCAUUGAAAGGAGUACAAAAACAAGUACAUCCUACCUUGUCGACCAAAGAGGAUGCAUUAGAAUAUAUCGAGACUCUAAUGAUACGCCUCCUUAUAACACUUUGUGCAUCUCAGCCACAUAGUAUAGAUGAUGUAGAUGAUCGUAUCGGCAAGACCUUUCCAGACCCAAUUGACAAGUGGGCUAUGAGAGAUGCCCAAAAUGCCAUAAAGGAUGGAAAGAAAAACUCUAGCAUUCUUCUUCCUGUGGAUAAAAUCCAUCCUUUACUUAAGGAUGAGCUAGGCUACAGAGUUGAUAUUUCUUUAGCUUUAUACAUCACAGCUGUGCUUGAGUAUAUAGCUGCUGAUAUACUGAAGAUAUCAGGAAUAUAUGUUAAAAAUAUCAGACACUUAGAAAUAAGUUCACAGGAUAUUAAAGUGGCAAUAUGUGCAGAUCAGGUUUUGUACGAUAUGUUCUUUCAAGAGGAGGAGCUGUCUGUGGGGAUGGAGGACGAACCAGUGAGAAGGGAGAUGACUUAUGAGGAAAUUGUUAAAGACUUGAUCAUGGAAGAAACUCAAUACCUUCGAGAUUUGAACAUGAUCAUCAGGGUUUUUCGUGCUCCAUUUGUGAAACUCUUCCCUCGUUCUAAGGAUCCUGAGAUUAUCUUUAGCAAUAUCCUUGAGAUUUAUGAUUUUUCCACGAAGCUCAUUAGUUCAGUAGAAGAUCAAGUAGAGAUGGCUCAGGAAGGUGAUAUUCCUCUAGUUGGGACAUGUUUUACCGAUCUAACAGAGGGGGAAGAAUUCAGUGUGUACGAAAGAUAUGUCACUGACAUGCUGGCCCCUAAUGGUAAAGCGCGUUUAAGGACACUGCUCAUGAGAGAAGAUGUCAUUGCAUACUUAAUGCAAGCAGGUAAUGGCUUUCGUGAAGCUUUCAAAUAUGUUCUGCCAAAAUUACUCAUGGGUCCAAUUUAUCAUUGUUUGCAGUAUUUUGACAUUGUUAAGGCAUUGAUUAUCGCAAGUCCCACUGAUGAGGACAGACAGUGUCUAACACAAGCUGAUGGCCUUCUGCAGGCUCUAAAGGCAAGACUGGAGAGAAAACUUGGAAAUAUACCCAAGAGGAAAAACUGGGAGCUUUCUCUCAGGCUACACCCACACUCCAGGUCAGCUACUGUACAAAAGAUGACUGAGAUUCAAAAGAGUAUAGACGGCUGGGACGGUAAAGAUAUUAUUCAGAUGUGCAGCGAGUUUAUUAUGGAGGGACCCUUGACAAAAGUAACAGGUCGUCGAACUAAUCCUGAGAGGUAUUGCUUCUUGUUUGAUGGUUUGAUAAUUCUUUGUAAGCCUACUCCAAGGCGGACCUCUGGGACCGGGCCUGUGUCAGAGUAUAAACUGAAAGAGAAGUUUCUGAUUCGUAAAGUGGAAGUUGUGGAUAAAGAAGACAGUGAAGAUUUGAAGAAUGCAUUUGAAAUCCACCCACGUGAACAUAUGCAUUUAGUCCUUCAGGCCAAAACUGUGGAAGAAAAAACUAACUGGAUGGCUGCCCUUGUUUCUUUGCAGACUAGGAGUAUGCUGGAAAGAAGCUUAGAUAGCAAGCUUAGGGAGGAAGAGAAAAAUAACCCUCUUGUUCUUCCGCAAGCACGUCUGUAUGAGUUUGCAGUGGAAGACUCGUCACAGAAUAUUAUAUUUGAAGAUAAUCAGGACUCUUCUCAUGAAAGUCCUCUUAUAAAGGGAGGUCAGCUAAUCAAGCUAGUCGAGAGGUUGACCUACCACAUGUAUGCAGACCCUCGGUUCCUACGUACAUUCUUGUUAACUUACCGGUCUUUCUGUAGUUCUAGAGAGCUUCUAGACUUACUAGUCAAAAGAUUUGAAAUUCCUGAACCUGUUAUACCAUGUGAAAUGGAUGAUAUGGCUCAAUUGAAAAUGAAAGAAGAUUUAAAACGUUUUCGUAAUGAAUAUGUCAAGCCUGUCCAGUUCAGGGUGGCCAAUGUAUUCCGUCAUUGGGUGGACAACCACUUCUAUGAUUUUGAAAGAGACCCAGAGCUGUUGGACAGACUAAAAGAAUUUCUUCUUUCCAUCAAGGGUAAAGCCAUGCGCAAGAUGGCUGACAUCAUUUCAAAAAGUAUACAGCGAAAGCAAGACAGCUCAAGUACAGAGAGAGAGUUUACUUACCAAGAGAGUAAGCCCAAAAUUGAAUGGUUCAUUGCCAGGAAACCUGAGGAUUUUAACCUGAUGACUCUGCACCCAAUUGAGAUAGCUCGCCAAGUGACAUUAUUAGAAUUUGACUUGUACAGAGCAAUCAAGCCAUCUGAACUUGUUGGAAUGCCAUGGAUGAAGAAAGAUAAACAGCAGACAGCGCCAAACUUGCUCAAAAUGAUUCAUUUCUCCACAAAUUUUACAUACUGGCUGGAAUUGUUUAUAGUGGAGACAUCAAACCUUGAGGAGAGGGUUGCGGUGGUGUCCAGGGUCAUUGAGAUCAUGCUUGUAUUUCAAGAGUUAAAUAACUUCAAUGGUGUUCUGGAAGUGAUUGGUGCACUCAACUCUGCCUCAGUUUUUAGAUUGGAACAUACUAAGAAGGAGCUGCCUCACAAGUAUCAGAGAGCUUUAGAAGAUGCCUCUGAGCUGAACAAUGACCAUUUCAAGAAAUAUAUUGAAAAACUAAGAUCAAUAAACCCACCAUGUGUGCCCUUUCUCGGCAUGUACUUAACCAACAUUCUGAAAACUGAAGAAGGUAAUCCUGACUUUGUGGCUAACGCCCCAGAGGGAAUCAUUAACUUCAGCAAGAGAAGAAAAGUGGCUGAGAUCACCGGGGAGAUACAGCAGUACCAGAACCAGCCCUAUUGUUUGGACCAGGAGAACUCCAUCAGGGAGUUUUUUGCUGCACUGGAUCCUCUGAAAGGAAGAAACAUCACUUCAGAAAAAGACCUGGAAGAUUAUUUGUACAAGACAUCAUUAGAGAUAGAACCCAGAGAUGGGAAAUUGCAACGAUUUCCUAAAAAGUUCCAUCCUGAUGCCCUGAAAUCUCCAGGGAUCAAACCAAGUACCAACAGACAUGGCAGCAGCACAAAGAGUACCUCCAUACCACCUUCCUUGCCCAAAAUGUCAGAGGAAGAAGACUCGUCUCAGUCAGCAUGUGCCACACCGACAUCCCCCAACAAACCACAGAGUCCCAUAGGGAGCUCAUUGAUGAACAAUGUGUUUGCUAAUUCACCAGAGCCAAGUUCUAGUCCUCCGAUACAUUCUCCUGCUUCCUGUAUUGAGUCUGACUGUUGGCCCAACACACCGCCACCUUUACCUCCUCGCAGGGGCAACCAUUCUUAUGAGCUGCCACCCACUCCACCUCCGAGAGAGCCUCCUCCAGUGCCCCCUAGGAGGGAAUCUAUCCCACAGCACAAUCAAAAUGGCCGGGUGUCCAGUUCCACUCGCACUCACAGUCUGCCACAUUCGAGAAACUCUAGCUUGUCACUUGAGAACUCUUUUCAUCAAAUGGACUUAAACGGUAAUGAGGAACAGAUGGACAGGCCUGUUCUACCGCCAAGGACAUAUCGUGACCAUCUUCGUAAACAAAGUAAUUAGCACCUGGCCAUAAAGUCUUAACCAUUUGGAAACUUUGGGUUGCACUUAAGAUGAUUUUCAAAAUAAACCCAUCGACCUAAAUAUAACUUACAAUGCUGCUCAUUGUGGGCACUGGUCACUGAUAGCAAUAGAAGCAUUGGGAGAUGUCGGGCUUUGGAAGCAAGCUUGACCACGUCACAUGUUGAACUUCUAAAUUUAGAAUAGAAGCAGGCUGGACAACACUUGGCACCUUUUUCUGUAAGAGAACAUAAAUUCUGUGAAUGUUAAUUAAUUUUCGACAUGAAAUGAUUUGGUGGCAGAAGUAAACUAGCAGACUGUUUUGUUUAUGCAUUAAUUAUAAAUCUAAUGUGGAUAGAGCUUAUAAAAUUUUCAACAUCUUCAAAUAGCUAUAUCUGAAUUCUAUGGAAAUGGAGCAGAUUCAUUAGCCCACUUUAAAAACAAAAAAGGAAGAGUCAUUCUAAAUAUUUUGUUUCCCCUUUCAAUAGAACAAUCAAAUUCUCACGACUUCAGUUUGUUUGAGGAAUGGUUUGUCAAAUAGGGAAAUCUUCCAUCAAUUGGAAAAGUGACAUUUCCUCAUGACAGGAAUUCAUCUCGAAUUUUUUUUUAUAUGGAAAGGUCACAAAAGACUGUGCUUAGUUUGAGUUGGACAUCUGCUUUUAGGUCAAAAGUUAAUGGUUCAACUAAUAGACAUCUAUCUUUAUAUAAAAGGCAAUGGACAACACAUGGAAUGUUGGUCCCUCAUCUGCCAUUCCCCUGUGCCACAGAUGUGGGUGUUGAAUGUUUUAUUUUUUUGUACCGGUACCUAAAACUGGCACUUGUUCUGCAUUGUUGUUGUUUUUUUUUAAAACUCAACUGCAUUUAUUCUUCAAAGAAUUGACCCCCCCACUUCACCCCACCCGAUCAGAAGAGUAAUUUUAUCCUAAAAACGGAAAUGCUUGGCAUUUGCCAUGAUGUUUAGGAUGCAACAAUGGAAGAGCACAUCUACUCUACAAGUCAUAUGAUAUUUAAUUGAUAUUUGUUCUUGUCAUCUUGACUACUACGUGUGUGUGUGUGUGCGCGUGAUACAAAACCCUAAAUAAACCUAAACACUGUGAUGCAUGUGCGGAGAUAGUACCUCAUAGAAGGUUCCCCGCAUAGGGAUUAGUCAUGAACUUGGAUUAUUUUUUGUAAAUAGCGGCUCGUGCAAGAAAUAGUGGUGAUUUGGUGUGGAGGCUGCAUAGAAUUAAUUGGGUGAUCAAAUGAUAUUGUACAUUCUUGACCAUGUCAUAUUUCUUUUUUUCUCUCCCCUUCCCUUUGUGUCCCAUAUCAUUGUUUUGUUUGGAUUCCAAAGCAUUGUAUCCACCAGUUCUCUGUAGAGGUUUUAGAGACCAAAAGAUUCUUUGUAUGUAUGCACAGUUAGGAACCAGUUGGUGAUUUCACUUGAUUUUGUUGAGAACAUUGGAUUUGUUUGAAGAUGAUGCAUAAAUUGAUGGGACACAAAAAUGGGUCCUCCAGUGAUAUAUCUAGCUAUACUAAUGACACGAUACCCUUGGUGUCAAUUUGUACACAUUUUAUUAUUAGUAUUUGGUUGCCAUGCUCAUUAACACAAGUUCCUCAUGAGGUAUUUUUUUUUUUAAAUAAUUUUCUCAUCUUCAUAGUAGUUUAACAAUAGUAAAAUGUAUAACUUUAAAAAAAAAAAGUGAAUACUGUACCACGAGUGGUUGGGAGAGGGCAAAGAAUUUCAAAUGCCUACAGAUAUUCAAGUUCUAUUUUUAGAUUGUUUGUUUCAAAUGCAUUGUAUUUAUGAUAAAAAAUAGUUGAGUGAAAUUAGCUGAAGCUGAUUCAACAAAAUGAAGCUAGUUUACUUGAACUUGAUAGUCUUGGUCAAUAUCAAGUUAGUUCAAGAAAUGUAUCUCCUGAUCACACCAGAGUAAGCUAGACUUGUUUUGCCAGUUCAGAGUUUUAUAAACAGCCAUGUAUUUGAUCUUGUGUUCCAAUGCCGUGUUCUUCCAGUACACUACAGAUUACAUGGUAAUUACAGGCAUGCAAAAUAAAUUGCAACAUAAGUUUUUUUUUGUUGUUUUUUUUUUGGGAGGGUGGGGGGCUUUGAAGAAUUUUCUGAAGAAAAGGUGUCAAGGUAUACUGGCUAAUAAGAUAAUUGUAUUGUCCUUACGUCAAAUAUAUACUCUUCAUAUAGUCUUCCAAAAUAACACUUUCUGUAUCUUUCUGUCUAAAGAGAUGUUUGCAUUUGUUUUGUAAAUGUUUCUUUUCACUCAAGUAGAAGUAUAGUUCAAUGUGCAUAGUAUUGGAAGAAACGUUUUUCAGGUGAAUGUUAGGGAAUAGGUGUUUUUGAGAGAAUCAAGGAUCCUUUACAUUCUUAAUUGAAUAACUUCAUGAAUACCAGGACAUGCCUAGAGAGUUCUCCACUUACUGUGCCAAGUGAAUUAUGACCUUUACCCUCCCUCUUUCCCAAACAAUCAAAGUAUACAGUACUGUUAAUAGUUUAAUAAACUUUGAAACAUAACCUCUAUCUCUUCAAGGAUUCUAACCUAAUAGUCAUAUUUUGUUAAUACUGUUGUAGACAUCAUCAAUUUUCUUAGCUUUAUUGAUACAGUGGACAAUGCCGUGAUAAUAAUUAUGACUGUAUAAUAUAGAUCCUUAGAUAUGGUGAAUUCAAAGUUAAAUUUUGUUGAAGCCAAUCCUGAUCUUGAUCCAGCUUACCAUCUUUUUUAGUUUCAUACAGUGGCUCACUUUUUCUAUCUUGAACCAAUGGCCAAGUACCAUUUCUAUCCUGAAUCGAUGGCCAAUUAAUUUUUUUUAAACCAAUGGCCAACCACCUUAUCUAUCCCAAACCACUGGCCAACCACUAACCAUCUCAAGCCUAUAGCCAACCGCCUUUCUUUGCAUGUCCCAGUGUGACAACCAUCUUAUUUUUAUCGGAGCCAGCCAACCCAAAACUAAACCCAGCUAGGGAGCUUAGUUCUUAAAGUUAGGAGUAUUCUCACACCCUGAGUUGGGAAUCCCGUUUCUUCCUAAGCACUAAGUUUCUGUUAGUUUACUUAUCAAAGAGGCCAAGAUUAUGACCCUGCAUCCAUUUUGGAACCCUUUUAGUCCUACCAGGUUUUAGUCCUAUGUACUUCUGACUGUAUUAUUACAUUUCUUCUUUACUAUGUUAUUGGUGUUCUCAUUUGAACUCUUCCAAGAAUAUUGAACAAUUCAAGAUCUUAAACUUUGUCAAAUACAAGAAAUCAUCUCCAAGUAAACCACUACAGUCAGAUACAAGAAAUCAUCAUCUCUAAGUAAACCACUACAGUCAGAAUUAUAUGUAUGUCUUUCAUGUCACUACUUUUUUGAACAAAUAAAUAUCAACUUCAUAUAUCUUAUCUACUCAAAACAUCCAGACGUCAUAUCUAAAGCAUCCACUUCUUACAUCAUAGCCUUAACAUUCACUUACUGUAUCACAACCAUAAUAUCUACACAUCAAUACCUAAACAUCUACAUAUCAUUACCAAAACAUCUACACAUCAUAAUCAAAACUGUUGCACAUCAUUAAACAUCUACACAUAAUCAUAACAUUACACAUCAAUACCAGAACAUCCACACAUUAUACUCUAAACAUCUGCACAUUAACACUAAAACAUCUACAUUAAACCAAAUGUUGUGUACAUUGUAUUAUUUUUUAAUGAAUUUUUUUUUUUUUUAGUAAAAAAAUGUUGAGAAAUAAAAUGUCUUCAUGUAAUGUAAUAAUUUGUGAUGUCUUUUUCUAUCUGUACAUAACAGGCAUACAUUCACACUCAUUGUGGUACCACCUUACACAGACACUCAUGUAUGCCCUGGUACUAGGCCAACACAAAACAUACAAUCAAACAAUACAAUAAUAUACUAGAUACAAGUAUAUAGCAGUGGCUCAGCCCUUCUUGUAACUGGUCUUGUUUUAGUUUGUAUAACUUGUUUUAAUUACAAUAAUUUCAGCUGUGAAAUAGUAGAUCUCUAGUUCACAAUAUACACACUCUUUCAUUCAGAUAUAUUGUACUUCAGCUUAUCAGCCACUGGUCAAUUCUAAAAAAGCAUAUCUUUUGAACUAUUCAAAUAAAGCAUAAUUAAAUGUCUUGACCACAUUUCAUGUUAUUUUUGAUAUCGAAACAUUGUUAUGAUCUUUCUUUUAUUUAUUGUAAAUGUAAUAUAAAAUAGUUGUGACCAUACUUUAAUAGUAAACUUUUUCAAUCACAACAUAACAGCAAAUCAUUUUUGUUUAUCAUUAGGGAUAAAGGUACCAUUUGAGCAGUCUUUUUAAAACUUUCUAGAGAUUUUGGAUUCAGUUUUGUAGAAAGCAUGUUAACAACAAAAUUCUCUAGCUAUUCAUAACAAAUAUGAUGCUUGAAGCAUUGCAACACACCUCCAAGACUCCAAUGUGCAAUAUUAUGACUUGUAUCUUGCUCAUCUCUGAUAGGUUGCUGUAAGCUUGAAUAGUCUGAUGUCAACCUGUGGGUUCAAUCAAAUGUUCUAUUGUGUUGUCUGUCAAUAAAUCUUGUCUAUUUGAACUGCAUUGUUUAAAGCUGUUCUAGAAUUUGAUAAUUUGUCACAAAUGCCAACGUUCUCGAUUAUUUGUUCUCUAUUGUAAACACUGAAUGCUUUUGUUCAACUUUUCAAACAAAACACAAAAGAGGCACAAAUUAUCAUCAUAAUGUGUUGGAGGGUGGGUCUCAUCAGUACCAUGUCACUUUCUGCAUUAUGGCUAUUCAUACAAUUUUUUUUGUGUUGGUUAAACAUUGAGAUGUGUGAACAAAAAAAAUGUGUGUGGGGACAUUACAGCUUGACCUGGGGGAGAGGAACCACACCAGGUGUACAUGUCACUAAACAAUUACUUUUGUUUUGCUUUAGUUUUUUUGUUGUUUUUUUUUGAGAAGUUUAUGUCUUCUUCUUGAUGAUAACCUGAAACAAAACCAUGUAGACCAGUUGAGGAAUGUUACCAUUGUAUUCAUUCAUUUUGUAGACACCAUGACUUGGUCAAGGAUCAAUGUGUUUGAUAGCACAUUUCAUUAGUAGCUUGCACAUAGUGUGCUCUGUCACAUAACAUUUGGAUGUGUGUGUUUGUGGGAUAUUUUCAAUCCAUACUUUGCUUAGUCUACAGAACUUGGUGAAGUUUCAACAUGUGUGAGAAUGAUGUUAUAGUCAAUGUUUGGGAGUUGGUAUAUGAUAUUACAGAUGGAAUGAUUUCUAAUGUUUGUAUCAGCAUGUAGAUCUCAUUGUUUUUUUUUUUGUACCAUUAAAAGUUGUGCCAUGUU